AGUCCGACAGAAUGGCUCUGCCCAGGUACGUCACAGUGACCGGGUGAGUCUCACCUUGAAGAUUAAAAGCCAACCUCACUUUGGUUUCAACACUCACUGGGACUCGACAGGAGCAAGAGUCGGAGGCAUCCAACCAGGUAGUCCUGCAGAGUUGUGCCAGCUCCGUGCAGGUGAUGAGAUAGUGUCUGUUGGUGGGCACAGGGUGGCAGAGAUGAGCCACAGCCAGUGGAAGGGCAUGAUGACCUCUGCCUUGCAGAAAGGCAGUCUCACCAUGGAUGUACAGCGCUAUGGUCCAACUGAUACCAGCGGAGACGCAACGAUGGUGAAACUGGCCCAGAUCAACGGACAAGAGGUCAAUGUGCUGACCUCUAAGAGCAGGAAGGGAGGUUUUCAGGACAGUCCUCUGACUGUCAGAAGUCGAGAACAUGAUCUGCUUGUUUUGAAAACCCAGAAAAGGAGAGCAGAGUUCUUUAAUCAGGAAGGAGGAUCGGCGUCGGCGAUAUCUGAUCUCCAGGUGCCGUCCCUCAGCACCUCCCCCUCCAGUUGGUCCUGGGACCCUGAGGAAGAGAGGAGGAGGCAGGAGAAGUGGCAGGAGGAGCAGGAGCGCCUCCUACAGGAGAAGUACCGUCAGGACCAGGAGAGGCUGGAUACUGAGUGGCAGCAGGCCCAGGAGGAGGCAGGGGUGGAGGGAUACAGGCAGGCUGAGGUGACCCCUGAUCCUCUACCACCCAGAUGCAUCGUGGGAUAUGUAGUCCCUUGUGUCAAAUCAUCCACACCGAACAUGGAGAGCUCAGGAGAGAUGACCAAUGGGAUCGCUGGCCUUGCCAGUCCUCAGCCAGCCUUGAGCCAGCCCAUGCCCCCUGUUGCCCAUGUGGCAUCCAAUCAAAAGAAGGAAGUUGUUUUUGACGGGAAAGAAGGGAGGAGCCUCUCCCUCAAGAAGGGAGGAACCUGGAAGAGGAGACUGAAGUGGCAGAAGGAGAUAAUUGGAUGAAAUCCAAGUCCUCCCCAUCGUUGGCGGGUUUCCACAGACAGGAGGUGAAAGGUCAGACUCUGCUGUUGACUGUCCCUCUGUUUAAUGAGUGGCUCCCCAUUCCAAACCCAGCCUUGAUGUUGAUGCACUUCACACCAUGUUGGUCAAAUCUAACCAGUCCUCAUUUAGCUGAG